AUGUCUCGCCAAAAACAUCAAACAGGCCUUUACGAGGUGGGCAUGCCCAUUCGCCGCGCUGUGCUAGGCGACACUUACGUCAAUAACGCUCUAGCAAAUGGCAGCACCGAAUUUGCCAAAGCGAUGCAGGAGUUCACCACCGCCUUCUGUUGGGGUGCUGUCUGGGACCGGCCAGGCCUUGAUCGCAAGUCGAGGUCUCUCAUCAACCUCAGCAUGCUAGCCGCGACCGGCAAGGUCCAUGAGCUAGCCGUACACACCAGAGGGGCCGUGAACAAUGGGGUUUCCGCCAGCGAAAUUCAAGAAGUCCUGGUCCAGGUGUGCAUCUACAUGGGUGUACCAGCUGGCAUGGAAGCUUUCAAGGCGGCGGAACAGGUGCUUAUCAAUAUGGGGGCCGAGGGUGUUGAAAUUCAGCCUUGA